CAAGAAGGUCAGAAUUGGGAAUGGUGAAUAUAUUGUAGUCAAAGGAAAGUGCACCGUAGCCAUUGCAAGCUGUUCAGGAACCAAGUUGAUCACCGAUGUUCUCUAUGUACCAGAUAUUGAUCAAAACUUGCUCAAUGUUGGUCAAUUAAUAGAAAAGGAAUUCAAAGUGAGGUUUAUGGAGAAGGCUUGCGUGAUAGAGGAUGCUACAGGCCAAAAAAUGUUUGAAGUUAAGAUGGCAGGGAUGAGUUUUUCACUCAAUCCAAUGCAGGAGGAGCAGAAGGUUUUUGGCUCUUUUCCCAUUGAAAGUUCUGUAAAACAUGCCCACUCACUAGAAGUUUCAUUGAUUAAUGAGGGUAAUGAAGGACAUUUAGAUGAUCUUACGAUAAUGAAGGAAACACUUUGAGUUAAAGAUGAAGAACUUCAACAAUUGGCCAAAGAAUUACUUUUAAGAGAUUCAACCAUACGUGAGUUAGCAGAUAAGUUAACUGAGACAGCUCAGGCUGCUGAAGUAGCUGCAUCUGCAGCUCUUGCUAUGGAUGGAGGAGGCUUGUUUACACAGAAAUUGAACGACUGACCAAUGAUUCAAAUAAAAAACUUCAAGAAACCAUUCUUAAGUUAAAAGGAUCAGAAGAAAAGGUUGCGGCAUUUAGCAGAGAUAGAGAGAUCCUGUUCAAUCAGAGAGACUCUGCUCUUCAAGAGGCACAUUUUUGGCGUUUGAAGCUCGCAAAAGGUAGAGAACAUGUUAUUUUAUUAGAAGCGGUUGUAGUUCGAGUUGAAGAAAGGACCAGGGUUUCACAGGCAGAUGCGGAAGCUCGAUUAAAAGAUGUCACUGAAAAAGCAUUGUUCGCUGGAAAAGAAAAAGAGGAUCUGUUAACAUUUGUGACUGCUUUGCAAUCUCAAGUUCAAAGGCAACAAAGUUCCACAAAACAAGUGCUGGAAGAGAAACCCGAGUCAAGCUCAGGCUUCAUCAAAACGGUGCCAAUGACGAAACAUGCGGACUUGGAAGACGAU